AUGUCAUUGAAGAAGUUAUCAUGUGUGCAAUACCCUUGUGAUGCAACGUUGACGCCGGUGCAUACCGACUUGUACCGGAAUAACAACCGGAUGAAUUAUACAGGGCCCGAGUACACAAUGGAUCUCAAUGAUUUGCCAUUCAAUGUGGAAAGGUGGAGGGCUACACGCCGACUCACGCCCCCCUCCAUUGACACAUUUCACCCAUUGAUGCAAGAGAGUGACGAGAAGUUUGACCUCCAAACCAAGUUUCGGGAUCUGGGCUUACAGGUCUUUUCGUCGUACGACGAAGGCAAACCUACACCUUUCUUUGCCUUUUUGGGCAAUAAACAGAACGAACACAUCUGCGCAACGGCGGUAUACUACUACUCCAACCACAACGUCACUUCCAACGGCCUCAAUUUCCGCCAACGCCCCAAAACAGAAGAGAUCGCCUGUAGUUUUGAUUACUACGACCGCCGUGGUUACGAUUGGCUUAAGCAGACCUUUGGCUGCGAGAACCAAGGCUCGAUCGCCCAGGUCCUCGGUUCGGUGCAGUGCCGUCAGGGCUGCCUCAUCACCUUCCCCAACAUUCUUCAGCACCGCGUGGAACCUUUCCAGCUCGCUGAUCCGACCAAACCGGGCCAUCGCAAAAUCCUUACCUUGUUGUUGGCGAUCCGCAUCUUCAUCUCAUAUCGACCGCCAACGUGCCGCCCCAACAGAAAGAUUGUCCUGGCCCCGAGAUUGCCGUUGGAACUGCAACAAAUGAUCAACGAUUAUAUGGGCUACGAAGGACUGUUCAGCAAGGAGGAAGAGAAGAGACUUCGGCUGGAGGCAAUGGAGGAACGGUCACGUUUGUCCGAGGAGCAGGAUCGGAAAUUUGAGCACAUCGCUAAGUUUGACAUCCAGGAGGAUUCCCUUAUGCCGCUGUAUGAUUGGUGGUAA